AUGUUGUCUGACCUGCUUGGAUUUGGAUCGUACUGUCCUGAUGGUGAGACUCAAAUCUCAUGUCCUCCAGGCAGUUAUACUGACCUCUAUGAACAAUUUGCUUGUCGUCGAUGCCAUUGGGGUUGGUACCAAAUCCAAGCAGGUCAGACAACAUGUCUCCGUUGUGGUUUAGGGCAGUUCUGUCCAAACGCUACCCAACUGCCACAAUCCUGUCCUGCAGGAACCUACUCUGACCUCUACGGACAAGUUAAAUGUCGUCCUUGUCCAAAAGGUUACUACAAUAUUCAGCCGGGUGCAACCUAUUGUACAAAGUGCUUUCUGGAUGUUGAAUGUUCCAAUUCGACAGUGUCACCAAAACCGUGUGCUACUGGUUAUUAUAACCCACUUUAUGCACAGACACAGUGUCGUCGUUUUCCAGCUGGUAACAGAACAAUUCAUAUACCGGGAUGUUUAAAUGUCAAUGGUUAA